GCAGACGCUGCUGCUGCUGUUGUUCCUGCUGUUGCUGAUAAUGGCGCCAAUGGAAACUACUUCUGUUCACCGCAGCACUCUGGAUGUAUUCUAAUAACUCUGAAGGUUUACUUCUUCAUCAUAGGGACCACAGACUCAACUGCCUCGAAGGAGCUUCAUCUGUGGUGGUGAUACUGACAGACUACAGAGAAACAGGGCUAUUAUGCGUCAGUUUGAACGGAAAAAACGCAGCUUCCUGUUGUGCCUGGGGAUGAGCGUUAUCGUCAGUUCAUUUAUAUAUUUGAGGAGUAGGAUGCCCGCUGAGACAAAGCCCCUACAACCUCCAAGUUGCAGACCCUUCUCCUCUGAAUGUAAAGCUUUUCUGCUCGGCAAGGAGAAGGAAGUAGAAUGGAACCGGCGUGACUGCCAGGUGGAAAGCUAUAUUCUCAAUAGCAGUGUGCAGUGUUCCAGUUUGACCACAGAUCUACACUUUAUCACAAGACCUCUAAGUCGUGAAGAGGAGGACUACCCUUUAGCUUUCAUUGUGACUGUUCACAAAGAGCUUGAGCUUUUUGUGCGCCUACUGCGAGCUAUUUACAUGCCACAAAACGUCUACUGCAUUCAUGUGGAUACCAAAGCACCAUGGCAGUAUCGAGCAGCCGUACGGAAGCUAGUCAGCUGCUUUCAAAAUAUCUUCCUCUCCAGUCGCAGUGAGACUGUGACUUAUGCUGGGUUUUCUCGCCUGCAAGCAGAUUUGAACUGCAUGGAGGACCUCGCAAAGUCCACAGUAGGCUGGAAGAAGGUGAUGAAUCUAUGUGGACAAGAUUUCCCUGGCAAAAGCAAUCUGGAACUGGUACAGUACUUGCAAAGCAAAGAGUGGAGGGACAGAAACAUGACCCCUGGGGUCAAACAGCCAGUGACUAUGAGCCACAGAACACAACUCCAGCACAAGGAAAUUGUGGGGUCACAUGUGGCUCCAAAAGGGCCAGGACUGAAGAAAGGUCCUCCUCCACACAAUCUGCAAGUAUAUUUUGGAACAGCCUACUUUGCUCUGACGAGGCCUUUUGUAGACUUUGUUCUGGAAAGUCCAAUAGCACGUGACUUCUUGGAGUGGUCCAAAGACACAUUCAGCCCAGACGAGCACUACUGGGUGACACUAAAUCACAUCAAAGAUGCUCCAGGCAGCCACAUUGAUGGAGGUUGGGCAGGAGCAAUCCGGUCAAUCAAGUGGAGGGAUCAAGAGAGAAAGACACACAAUGGUUGCAAAGGACAUUAUGUACGCGACAUCUGUGUCUACGGAGUAGGAGACCUACCAUGGAUCAUCGACAGGAACAGCAUGUUUGCCAAUAAGUUUGAGAGGAACACCUAUCCCGAGGCACUGGACUGUCUGGAACAGUGGCACAGGAACAAAGUGCUGGACCAGGCAACUGUUCCUAUAGAGCCGUCAUGGCUGCUGGCCACACAGAGAACGUCAAGCAGAAGCCGCUACAUUAAGAGCAGUGCUGGUGCAUGAAAUGUCUGUUGAUAUUGUGAACAACAGUCAGGAUACAUGCAAUUCAGAUAAUUUCCACUUGUUUUGUGGUGUCCAUGCAAAAAUGUGAAUAAGAGAAAACUUAAGUGAGAACGAGAGGAUAAUAUCAGUGUGCACUUGCACAGACUGUAGUGUGGCUACUGUUCCCAUAAAUGUGUUGACUUAACAAUGAGACUAUAGGAUGGCAGUUUUUUUAAUGAUAAUUGUGUGACAGUGUAUAUGCCAGUAGACUAUCACUGUCAUUUGAGACAACUACUAUACAAAGUAUUGAAGAAAACAUGAAAUAAAGAUCUCUAUUGGUUUAAUAUGUUUCAAUGUUGUACAGCUAAAAAAAAAAAAAGAAAGAAAAGAUAUUUGUUGAUAAAUCUAUUGUCUGUUAUUCCUAUGAAAUAAGGUGCAAACAAAUAAAGGAAAAUAUUUUGAAA